AUGUCGUACACAAACGGUAAUCGACCACAGAUAGACGAUGAUGAUGUCGAAGAGGAGGCACUGGUCGCCGAUUAUCAAGAACAAGUCAACAACUAUGUUGAUGGCGCCGAUCUCACUCGAGCAGAUUCCCUUACGGGCGGUCCUGCAGAUUUAAGAGCCCAACUGGAGGCUGCUGCAGCUCCGUUAGAAUACCAAGCCUCCCUCGAGACAAAGUUCGCCAGUUAUGAUAACUACUGUUCUCUAUUUCACUACAUUCUCAACUCGGAUGGACCCGUCGAGGUUGAACAACCUUCAUAUUAUUGGGCUUGGGAUGUGAUUGAUGAGUUCAUCUAUCAGUUCGAAUCCUUCUGCCGCUACCGCAAUCGUGUUGCAAGGACAGCACCAACCGAAGAGGAGACACAAGUACUGCGAGAGAACCCAAAUACUUGGGGCUGCUACUCCGUGCUUAAUGUCCUCUACUCGUUGAUACAACGCAGUCAAAUCAACGAACAACUAGCAGCACAAAAGCGAAAUGAGGACCCUGCUACCGUUGCAGGAGAGUAUGGAUCCCGCCCUCUAUACCGCAUGCUGGGUUACUUCUCUAUCAUCGGCCUCUUGCGAGUACACUGUCUUUUGGGUGACUUCAGCUUGGCCCUCAAGACACUCGAUGAUAUUGAGAUGAACAAAAAAGCCAUGUUCGCCCGUGUCAUGGCCGCCCACCUUAAUACCUACUACUACGUAGGUUUCUCUUACAUGAUGCUCCGCCGGUACGCCGAUGCAGUCCGCAUGUUCAGCCAUAUCUUGGUUUAUGUUUCACGAACCAAGAACUUCCAAAAGGGCAACCAACAAUUCGACGCUAUUGCCAAGAAGACGGAACAGAUGUAUGCCUUGAUCGCCAUCUGUGUCUCUUUCGUACCCACACGUCUCGACGACACAAUCCACACUGCUCUCCGAGAGAAAUACGGCGAGAAAUUUGCCAAGCUCCAACGCGGUGGCCCCGAGUCCCUGCCUGUGUACAAGGAGUUGUUCCAGACAGCGUGCCCGAAGUUUAUCAACCCAACACCGCCGGACUUCGACAACCCGAGCCUCAAUAUUGACCCCGUGGAGCACCACACGGACAUCUUCAUGGAUGAAGUCAAGAACACUCUGUUCAACCCCACGGUGAAGUCCUACUUGAAAUUGUACACCACUAUGGACUUGAAGAAGCUUUCAAGCUUCCUCGAGGUUGAGCCUGAGAAACUUCGCAGCUGGUUGCUCGUCAACAAGCAACGUAGCCGCCAGAUUCGCUGGUCUGAAGGCGGCCUCUUAGAUGGUGAUGUUGUCAAUGCUAGUGAAUUGGAUUAUGCUAUUGAAGGUGACCUCAUCCAUAUCAGCGAGGCUAAGCAGGGUCGGAGACUGGUCGAUUGGUAUCUCCGGAAUCUGGCUAGGAGUUAUUGA